AGCGAGCGGGAAUCAUUUUGCUUUUUCCCCCUGAGACAUGGCUGUGGUGCCACCGGAGAGCUCCCAAAGGACGAGAGAAGGGGAUCCUUCCCCUCGGGGAGUGUGAGGGCACUUCCCAACAUUCCAUUGAAGACGUUCCCGCCCCUCCCGCCAUCUUGUGCCCGCCCACACGAGUUCCCGCCCCUGCCGCCGCCGUUGCCCCGCAACGCCCGAGGGGCCGCGGCGGAUCGCGGGUCCCUGAGGCGGGGCUGAGGCGGCGCGGCCCCGAUGGAGCCCACCAACUUCAUAGCGAAGGACAACAACUGGAAAAAUCGUAUUGAAAACGAAAGAGAUGCUGCAAAAAGAUGGGCUGAGAAAUGGGGAUUUUUGAAAACGCCUCUUGAAGAGCUGCUUGGAGAUGAAAAGAAAGAAGCUGCAAAGCCCAAGCUACAGCUUCCAGAUCACCUGCAGGUUCGACCUGUGACACCUGUGGAAAAAUACAUUAAGGUGCUUCCAUCUCCUCCAGUACCGAAAACGACCCAGGGAUUUAUUGGCUGGAGAUCAGGUGUUCCAGCCCUGGCACUUGAACAUGAUUAUCAAAUCCAAAGCUGCAAAGGAUCUGUCUGUAGCAUGAAGUGACCAUGUGAGCCCUCUGAGUGACAUUAUGAAAUAAAGAGGCACAAAGAUGCAUCUGCAUUCCUAAGGAAAUAUCCUGGAUUGGACUGUUGAGAAUUUCUGUCAUUAUGUAAAAAUCCACAAUCAUUUUGGUCAAGUGUGAAUAUUUUCAUUUUACUUCAUUGAAUCUAUGACAUCCAGGCUGCUAACUCUGCUUCAGAGCUUCUGCUUGUAACUUAGAAAUAACAGUGAAUAAAAAUUUUUAACUUUUAAAAUUUUUUAAAAAUUUUUAUUAUCACUAAUAAGUCUAUAAUUUAAAAAUAUUCAUUGGAAAUUGGAAUGACAGUACAAUAUUUUAUAAUUGUUUCUCCAUGAGAACCUAUACUCAUAAAAUACUCAUAAAAUUGGGUUUGUGUUGGGUGUGCUUUGCAGAUAUUUUGUGCAGUUACACACAAAAGGAAGUGAGUAGUUCCUAGUAAAGAAAUAAAGUACACAAUGGCCACAGUGACCCAGAGUCACUUUGGAAAAUCAGUUUUGGUAUCAAAACAGAGCUUUUCCAUGAGUUGAUCAGUAUGCAGAUGGGUUACAAGGGAUUUCUAUUGCUUCAGUUUUGCAGCAGGCAGGGAAAGAUGCUCAGAGCCAGCAGUGAUUGCUCUGGGAGUUACUGGGGUGGCUCCCUCAGUGCCCUGAGUUCAGUCUUGCUCUUCAUUGUCACCUGAAGGUUUGCCAGCAUUCCUGGAAACCCAGGAGGAGACUCACUGAGCUGCAGCAACUGCUUGCAUGAUACAAUUCAAACCAGCCAAGGUGUUCAGAGCAGGAGGUUGUUUAAGCAAAAAAGAGCCUCCAGGAAAUCAACACAGGCAGCUCCCUCUAACUCCUUAUCACUUAGGGGGGAAAGGUUUUCCCUUUAACCCUGCUGCAAGAUCUCCUUUGUGUCCUGCAGCCAUCAAUAUCUACUGCUUGAGUCAGCACCAAGUCCUUGGCUUCCACAGCAGUAAGGCAGCAGCCAGUGUUUGUUCUUCCCUUCUUCCCAAGAAAUGAUUCACAAUGAUCAACAUCCCACCUUUUUUUUUUUUUAACAUCCAUUUCCAAAUGCCCACAAAAUAAUAAUAUUUUACUUUUUUCCAUACUCUUUACAAAUAAUGGAGAAAUGAGUCAUAUCCUUUGGAAAGAUUGCCCAAGAAGGAGAACGCAGAGCAGAAGUAACUUCAGACACUUUACUUAAAAACCAGAAUAAAGAAUAACUUGGAAUCAGACUCUGGAAAUUGAAUUUAAAUUGUAGUUUAGCUACUAACCAUAACCUGUGUACACUGUUCUUUGGACAACCAAGAUAAUUGUAAGAACAACAUUUAAAUCCAGUGUGCUUUCUUGUCAUUGCCAGGUUUGUAUCUCUUGCUUAUUUUAAUCAUGUGGUAUGUGGUUCUUCAGUUUAUUUUAAGGUCACAAGAUCUUAUUCUUGUCUGAUUUAUACAAACAGGUAUAAUAAUGAUUGAUAUGUCAUUUUAGUAGCAAUUAAAUUACAUUCAUUUAGGCCAAAUAAAAGGGGAAUUCCACUGGCUUUUAAAGAGUUAUAUUAAAGAAUCAAAGCACCAAAUACUCAGUGGAUGUUUGUAUGAAGUGAAAUCCAAAUCCAGAUGAGCCAUGGUUUAAUUUUGAAAACCAAAAUAAA